UUCAAAUGAUAAAGUAAAAAUAAAAAGUCAUUGGCCCUUUUGAAAAACAAUAAUGAUAACUGAACUUUCAUUUGUCUAAGGAGAUACUGAAAAUGAUUCUUGUUAGGUCUGUUGUAGCAUGCACCUCUCAGAGUGAUGUAAUGUACUGCUGAAUGCCACUAUCUACUUAGAAACGAGAAAUGAGGAACCAGAAAAAACCACAUGAGAAACACAUAUGUAAUAUGUUUCUCACAAGUAAUGCAUCAAAGAUCUGUGCUGUAGAGCUCCAGCUCACAUUUAUAUCAGACCUGAGUCUGCAGAGAGAAGAUGGAGGAGCACAGGGUUCAUGUCAAAAGGAACAGGAGAAACUCUGGAAGUGUCUCUGAUUCACAGACUGCCACCGAACCAGGGAAAUGGAUUCUCCUGGUCUGCAUCAGCUUUGGUCUUCUGUGCAUCAUACAAGCUUCUCUCAAUGUUUAUUUACGUCUCUACCUUCCUCCAGACAUCGACAUGAGCCCAUGUGACAAUGUAACUGCUGAGAGGGACACACUUGAGAAACUUCUUCAAACUAGUCGUCAAGACCUGUCGAAGCAAACUGAUGAGCUGCAGAAAAGCCAUUCUUUGCAACAAAGAAAAGCUGCAGAAAACGAGGAACUGAAACUUAAAGUGCAAAACUUCAAAGAUGAUCUGAGUAAAGGUUGGGUGUAUUUCCAAGGCAGUGUGUACCUGGGCUCCACCAUAGAGCAGAGCUGGGAGGAGAGCCGGCAGUACUGUCAGCAGAGAGGAGCAGAUCUCAUCAUCAUCAACAGUGACCAGGAGCAGACAUUUGCGAGUACAUUCAGCGGGCGCCGAUGGAUUGGACUGACUGCAACCCAGUCUGAACCUAGACAGUGGAGAUGGGUGGACGGAUCUCAGCUCAACACAAGAUUUUGGUACAGUGGAGAGCCAAAUAACAGUUACAAUGAUGAGUUCUGUGUUGAAACCAAAGGCACCGGGAACACCUGGAAUGACGAAGGCUGUUAUGAAAAGCUUCUGUGUAUCUGCCAAAAGAGGCUGACAUUUUAAGGCUCAUAUCAAUAUUAACAUUUAGUACUACAGUGAAGGAAAUAAGAAUUUGACCCCCUACCAACCAUUAAGAGUUCUGGCUCCCACAGACCAGUUAGACUCUCCUAAUCAACUUGUCACCAGAAUUAGACUCCUGUUUGAAGGUCAAUCAAUCAGACUACAAACUCUCCAACAUGGGAAAGACCAAAGAGCUGUCAAAGAAUGUCAGGGACAAGACUGUAGACCUGCACAAGGCUGGAAUGGGCUACAGAACCAUAAGCAAGAAGCUGGCGUUAAGGAGACAACUGUUGGUGCAAUUGUUUGAAAAAUCUAAGAACUACAAAAUGACCGUCAAUCAGCCUUGGUCUGGGGUUUCAGUGAUCAUGAGAACUCAACCUAGAACUCCACAGGUCAAUGAUCUCAAGACAGCUGGGACCACAGUCACUAAGAAAACCAUUGUUAAAAUAAACCUACCAUGAAAAUGAUAGACUGUAAAUUUCUUUGUCAGUAUACAAACAUACAAAAUCAGCAAGUGAUCAGACACUUAUUUCCUCCACUGUAUGUUUCACUCAUGUGUAGCUUUAGCAUGUUUCACUCCUGUGCACAAACACACUGUGGGGUUUGGACACAUUUUAUUCAUGUUGGAC